AUGCUUCAACAGCAUACCUUGACGUACCGCGCACCUUCAUCACAACGUUUGGGACCUCAACGUCCAAAAAUUCUCAACCAACGGUUCGGCCACGUGUCGUCGGGUUCCAACGGCCAUCUCCCAACGUCACCGUAUACCCCCGUAUUGCCGCCACAUCCACCGUAUUGCAACCGGCUGCAUCGGCAAGAGCAGAUGGCGACAAGAAGGUCGCACAACAAGACUAGACUGGGAUGUCACCAAUGCAAGCGGAGACGGAUCAAGGUGAGUCUUAUUCAGAUUGUAUAUUUUCUGCACACCGGAUGGUGUACGCGGCAAUUGCUGUUGCUCCCCUUGAGUAGUACUGCGCCACAUCUACCUUAUAUUACCACAUUCGGCAAUAUAGUAAUGGCCGAGUAGUUGGGCGGGCAUUCGCAUACUGUUCAAAGGUUGGAAUGUUCUAGAAACAUAAGUGAUUGAACAAAAUGCAUUUGUGUUGUGUUUGUGUGUUGCAUGACAAGGACAACUUGGCCGACAUGGCAGUUCACCAUGUCAACCCCAUAGUCACCAUUCCGACAGCUAACAUGACUGCUAGUGCGACUGUAAACAUCCAUCAUGCACGAGUUGCGAGAAGAAGGGCGACACAUGCAGCUUCCUUGCGCUCGCACCUUCCUCGCGCCUCUUGACAAAUACUAUAUCACCCACACCCACACAGAUAAACGCAUCACCGUCACCACCACCACCAGAGACACCAGAGUCUCAGCCAAUGCCAGUAUUCUCUCCAACCAAUCUAAUAGCUUUCAGCAAUCAGAUAGCACUGGCGACGCAAACACCACGUCAAACAGAAAUAGUUUUCGACAGCCCAUCCUUGGAUUUCUCUACAGUUCUGACACCUUCGCCUUUGCAGCUAGCAUACUACCAAACCCCCACUAUACCACCUUAUCUUCGUUUGGAUGAUGCUUGGAAGGACAUACGAGAGGUACUUCCACCAUCACUCCAGGAAUUGUUAAGUCAUUAUGAGUUCGCAACAUCUCUAACGCUUGCAAACGACGACCCAGCAAAGGCAGCGUGGCAAACCUAUAUACCCGAGAUGGCACAAAACCAUGACUUCUUGACGAAUUGCGUGUUAUCAGUUGCCUCAUUGCAUCUCGGUCGGCUUUAUGAACGCAGUGAGGACAAAAGGAGGAUGAACACUCUAGCAGCAGCACGGAUGAACAAAGCUCUAGUGAGAUAUAGAACAGAGCUAGAGAAUGUUACCCCACAGAAUGCCGCAGCAUUGUUUGCUAGUUCGACAUUCACGGCAGUGUAUCUUUUCCGCACGUCUGCCAUCGACAUUGAGAAUCUACGCGCAUCAAUACCCCCGGGUACCGUCGUGCCACCACCAGAUGUAGUAGACAAAAUGUUAUCAUGUGCGUUACGAACAAUCUGGGCCCUCAGAGGGCCUCUCACAGUACUUCUUUCGGGGUGGAACUGGGUCGUAGGAAGCAAGAUGCAGCCGGUUACUGCGCGGGAAUGGUGGCCGAAACAAGACGUACCCGCGACGGAACGGGCGGUCUUUGAAGAUAAACGCUUAAAAGAAAUUGAGAAGUUAUGGAUGGAAAGCGAAACACCCUUGGGAGCGCAUUGCGUAUAUCUCUCACAAGCGCUCAUUUACCUCCGCCAGAGUUUCAAUUUGAUCAGUCACUUGACUCUUUUUGAACGCUACCAGCCGAUGACAGCCGUACCUUACUCCAUCGACGACAUUACAGUCUCUACACUCACCGACCGCGGUGCGAUUUUUGUCUGGGCUGCUCGCAUACCACGGGAAUUCAUAGCUCUCAUAGAGUCCAAGAAUACCCAUGCCCUGGUCAUUCUAGCGCACUACGCCGUCUUGCCUGGUCGAGCUAGGAACGUGUGGUGGCUGGAGGGACUAGGAGCUGAUAUUGUGACAGCGGUCGCCAUGGCAUUGGGGAGGGAGCACUGGAGCUUGAUUGAGUGGCCAGCGGGCGUAGUGGGCGUGGAUUUGGAGAAUGCCUUUGGUGUGGGAGGGCGCAGAGAUAGGUUAGAGGGAAGUCCUUGCGAGCUGCAUAUGGAUGUGAUAUGA